ACCGAUUCUCUUCUUUACCACCUUUCUCAGAACUCGAAGAAUCAGUCUCCGCCCAACUUGCGGUUAAAUUGAUUGACCUCUCGUGUUCGCCAAAUUUCUCUCACCUGUACGUUCGCCCAGUUUUUCUUCGCAUUGUGGCAGUCUGCCAUCAGUCUCGUCGCAGUCGCAGUUCGCAGUCGCACGACGUUCGAACCAUGACACCCAGCUAACCCAACCACCUUUCCCUCGCAGACAUCCAAAAUGAAGCACCUCGCAGCUUACCUCCUCCUCGGCCUGGGCGGCAACACCUCCCCCUCCGCCGAAGACGUGAAGACCGUUCUCGAGUCCGUCGGUAUCGAGGCCGAUGAGGAGCGUCUUGAGAAGCUCAUCUCUGAGCUCGAGGGCAAGGACAUCAACCAGUUGAUCUCUGAGGGCUCCGGCAAGCUUGCCUCCGUCCCGUCCGGCGGUGCUGGCGGUGCUGCUGCCCCUGCUGGUGGUGCUGGUGGUGCCGCGGAGGCCGCCAAGGAGGAGGCUCCCAAGGAGGAAGAGAAGGAGGAGUCCGACGAGGACAUGGGCUUCGGUCUCUUCGACUAAAUACCCUUCUUACGACGUUAACGACCGGUAUCGGCCUAGAGCUCGGAUUUUUCUUCAGUGUGGUGUACGGGAUGGGUCGGGUUCUUGCAUGUGGUCUUCAUGGGAAGGUCUCGGCUCAGCGUGGGUUCUAUGUGCCUCGCAGGGUUAUAUAAAGCGACAGUCUAGGCAUGGACAGCCAAUACAACCCCCCGCGAUUACGCUGAA